GAUGUUCAAGCUCAUAUCAACAUUUUAUCAAAAUACACUUGAUAGAUCAGGUCAAGUAGACGCUAUCUAUUGAUAUCGCGACGUGCUGCUGAUGAAGAAGCACUAGGUAAUGGUAUUUUGUGACAUUCAUGCUCUGAAAGCUAUCAACCAAAGGCCUGUUGCAUAACUCAUCUACAGUAUAACGUUGAUCAGCAAUAAUGCAGUUAGCUCUGACAAUUCUGAUAAUUUUCGCAUCAUGUCAAGCGGCAGUUCAUUCUGCCACUCAUUCUCCUGAAAAUGUGGGACCAGAGCAAGCAGACCUUAACGAAUUUGCAACCCAGUUACAUGCCCUAAAGUCCGUUGUCGAAAGUUCUCAGAAAGAGCAAUGGGAGGCACUGCAAAGUUUGAGGUUCUACCUUCUCUCAACGAGAACAGCCAUCAAAGAAUUAUUGUCGCAAGUAAAGGAAUUGAAGGAACAAUCAUCUGUGUGUAAAGCUGACAAGGAAGACACGUCUGCAGAAGAAGACAAAGAAAAUGAGAAAAUUCCUGCAGGUCCAUCCGCAGCAGGAGGCUGUGUGUGGCCGGGAGAGGUCGUGGCGGGCCGAUGCCUUGCCUUCAUCACGGACAGCUUGAUGACCUGGACGGACGCUCAGAAACACUGCAGGUCUUUGGGAGGCACUCUGGCAGGCGAAGCAGAUCUGGCGACCCUCAGCCGACACCUCACCAGCAUAUACGGGAUUAAUGCCUCGCGAGUGCGUUGGUCGGUGUGGGCGGGAGCUCGCCAGACCCUCGACGGGUGGCGGUGGGCGAACAGCUCGUGCUCUGAAGGUGCUGUAGGGGACUCGGUGUGGAGUGCCGGCCAGCCCCCGGCACCUGCAGUGCCAGGAGCAGAGGCACUCUGCAUGGCACUGGACGGCUUCGACGAAUACAAAGGCACCGCCGUGCCGUGUUCCGCUCUGCGCAGGUUUGUGUGUGAUCUUGCCUGAGCUGCGACCACGAUACUACUUCGUCGCGAGAGGUGUGGAGAUGCGAGUUCUGUUUUACAGAUAAUUGUAAGGCAUCUUACUAUGGUCUUCAAAUUUAAUGUUGUACUAAAUUUAAAUUAUAAAAGGAUAUGUGCAACGAUUCUAAUGUUUCAAAAUUAUGCUGUUGGUUUGUAUCUAUCAUUAGGGUUAUCAUUGGAUUCUAUUAAACGCCGUACGGUCUUAGUUGAGAAAAAAUAGGAAGAUGUUAAAAAUGUGAAGAAAUUAUUUUCAUCUGCAACUACUUAUAGUCAUGCUACUCAUUCACCUGCUUUUCAAGUUCUUAACUUAAAGGAGCAAUGUGCUGUUUUAGAAAACGAUUGCAAAAAAGUGGAUAUCGAGUAAAAUAUAUUUGUUUACCCCAAAAAUUGUGCGUCUAUCACAAAGAAAGUUUCUGGAGUAACUUUUAUAAAUUUACGCAUCACCGGAAUGGCUCGAGAGACCGAGGUACAACAUACUGAGUUGCUUACGAUCAGUACCCAGGGUAGGUGAAUUUAUUCUGCCUUCGUCACUUCUCACAGUUCAGGCGAGUAGAAAGUGAGAGCAAAGUUACAGGUGUUCGGUCAGAGGCAGCUACGGCUGGCUAGAAAUAUCAUGCAGUUGGAAUGAAGUUACAACACACCCGUCACACCGUAUUGUUCACUCCACACUUGCACAAACAAAUGGAGAUUUUAAGGAGAUAAUGGAACAUUAAUCCCUUAAUAGUUGAUGGCGAACUUAGAAGAUUAAAUUUUAAUUUCCUGAAUAGUUUAUGUACUUAUGACGUUGUGAUUUAACUUUGUACCAGUUUAUCAUCGGAUAAUAUAUUAUCAGCACAACAUAAAAGUAUGAAAGUGCAUUUUGGGCGAAUUUCAUUAUUGUUUGUAUUGACUCACGUACACAUAUUUUUCCCUCAAGAUGAGAUAUCAAUAGACCGGUUUUCUAUGA